CUCCGAUGUUUGCUUCUGAAUACCUUCAGUCUUUUUGGAUUUGGUGUAUCGCUUAUUACCAACCAACCUUCGGCUUCCAACGAAAAUCUACCUCCCAAAAGAGAUAUCAUGCCCGCAGACUUCGACAAACAAAGCUACUGGGGCGAGCGCUUCGCAUCCGAGACUCACUUUGAAUGGUUGACCUCUUCUGCGACCCUAAUGUCGAUCGUGGACCCAUGUCUCACCAAAUUGGACGACUUGGCGCGUAUCCUGCAGCUGGGCUUCGGAACAAGCGACCUGCAGAACUAUAUCCGGGAAAGAGGAUUCCAAGAUAUUACCAACGUCGACUUUGAGCCUCGGGCCAUUGAUCGCGGCCGGAUGCUGGAAAAGCAAGUAUUCGGUGACGUGAAAAUGCGCUAUCUCGUUGCAGAUGCCACGCAGCUCCAGCUUACUGAUAAGUACGAUUUCAUCAUCGACAAAAGUACGGCGGAUGCAAUCUCUUGCGGAGGUGAAGAGCCAUUGUUGAGAAUGGCAAACGGGGUGAGACGACACUUGGCCGACGGGGGCUUCUGGAUUUCGUUGAGUUAUUCUUUCUGCCGAUUCGAUGUCGAGAACCUCCCCUUUGACGUGGACGUCAUUGCGAAAAUUCCUACUCCUAAAUUGAAGGCUACCGACCCCGAUGUCUACCAUUGGUGUUACUUGUUGACACCAAAGACUUUGCAAUGAAGGGCCAGUGUCAUCAACUGUAUUGCCUCGCUUUCAGAAGCACCGGGGACGAGGGUGCACCUUUAUUCUCCAUCAUUAGAUACCCAAACAAGAUUGCAUUUCAAAACACAAAAGACAUCAGGAGAGAGC